CAUUUAAUUUUCAACAUAAUCAACUUUUUAUUGAAGCUGCUGAUUCUAGUAGUAAUGAAAGUAACAACAAUAUAGAUUUGGAUUCAGAUAACAAAUCAACUUCUCAUUAUAAUCAUUCUAAAUCAGAUGAUUGGGUGAGAAAUAUAUUAUUUAAUUAUGAUGAAAUUAGAUUUAGAAGAACUUUAAGAAUGAAUAAGUCUACAUUUUUUGCACUAGUAAAUCAAAUUAAAAAUCAUUCUGUUUUUCAUUCUAAUUCAAAUAAUCUUCAAACAGAAGUUAAAAUUCAACUUGCUGUAACAUUACAUCGUUUAGGAUCCCCAUCAACUAUCUGGACUAAUUCUAUUUUAUUUGGUAUUGCUGAAGGUACUGUACAUUUAUUUAUGGAUAGAGUAAUUACUGCUAUAAGAUCUUUAAAAUCACAAUAUAUUCAAUGGCCAUCUGGAGAUUAUAAAAAAGAAAUAUAUAAUGAAUUUGAACAAAUGCAAGGACUUCUUUUAGUUAUUGGUGCAAUUGAUGGUUCUCAUAUACCAGUAUUCCAAGCUCCUGAUAGAGUUAACAAAGAUGUAUAUUUUUCUAGAAAGCAUAAAUAUGGAAUUCAUUUACAAGGAAUAGUAGAUCAUAGAGGUCAUUUUAGUCAUUAUGAUAUUGGAUGGCCUGCAUCUGUACAUGAUGCAAAAGUAUUUCAAAAUUCAAGUAUUUAUAAUCAACAAAAUAUUUUUUUUGAAGGAGAAGAAUAUCUUUUAGGUGAUUCAGCAUAUCCUUUACUUCCAUUUAUUAUGACACCAUUUAAAGUUCCAAGUGGAUUACAACAACAACAACAAAUAAAUUAUAAUAUUAAACAUAGUAAAACUAGAGUUGUAGUUGAACAAGCUUUUGGACGUUUAAUAGCAAUAUUCUUAUUUUUAAAAGAAAUAAGAAUUAGAAAUCCAUCAAAAGGAGUGGAACUUAUCGAUAUUGCAUUAAUUUUACAUAAUUUUAUAGAAAAACAUGGAGAUACAUGGGGUCAAUCAGAUUAUGAUGAUAAUCAAAUUGAAAUACAACCAGAAGAAGAUUUAGAAUUAAUUGAACAAAGUUUAGAAUUAAAUGAUAGAAUUUUAAACCAAAAAGAAUAUGCAAAAAUCAAACGACAGAAUUUAUUAGAACUUUUAAAUUUUUAA